AGCCUCCCUCCCUCCCUCCGAGGGCCCGCGCCGCUUGGGGCCCGCCUGGCCGGGAAGGAAGGCAGGCAGGAGAGAGGCAGGAGAGAGCAGGGCGCCCGAAGCAAGGGCGCUGGCGGAGGAGGAUGGCGGCGGGAGACUCGGCGCAGGUCCGCUACUGCGCCCGCUUCCCCUACUUGUGCCUCAAGUUCAGCCUCGUCACCUACUCCACCGUCUUUUGGUUACUAGGAGCAUUUGUUCUAGCUGUUGGCAUUUAUGCUGAAGUUGAAAGACAGAAGUACAAAACCCUUGAAAGUGCCUUUUUAGCCCCAGCAAUUAUUUUAAUACUUCUGGGCAUUGUAAUGUUUCUUGUGUCCUUUGUUGGCGUGCUGGCAUCUUUAAGAGACAACUUAUCCCUUCUUCAGGCUUUCAUGUACAUCUUGGGAAUUUGUUUGCUCAUUGAAUUAACGGGAGGAGUUAUGGCCUUAAUUUUCAGACACCAGACAAUUGACUUUUUAAAUGACAACAUCCGAAGAGGAAUUGUAAAUUAUUAUGAUGACCUAGACUUCAAGAACAUAAUGGAUUUUGUUCAAGAGGAGUUUAAAUGUUGUGGUGGAGAGGAUUUUAAAGACUGGUCAAUGAAUCAGUACCAUGACUGUUCUGCCCCAGGACCAAUGGCUUGUGGAGUUCCUUACUCUUGCUGUAUCACGAAUAAGACAGCUGUUAUCAACACCAUGUGUGGAUAUAACACUAUUGACAAAGAGCGCCUGAGUGUUCAACCCUUCAUACACGUGAGAGGAUGCACCAAUGCGGUACUCAUUUGGUUUCUGGACAACUAUGCCAUCAUGGCAGGCAUUCUCCUUGGUAUACUGUUGCCACAGGUAGGACUGAUUACAAGGAAAUGAGAUAUGUAUUCCUUUCUUCUUUCCCUCCCACCUUUGGUUUUGGAGCUCUGAAGGGAUGGCGUAAGG